CCCGUCCCGAGCUGCGCGUGCGGAACGAGCCCCCUCUGCAGGCUGCAGCCCCAGCGCCCGGCGCGAUGUCGGUGACGUUUGAGGAUGUGGCCAUGUAUUUCUCCCCAGCAGAAUGGGUGCUGCUGGGCGAGGAGCAAAAGCAACUUUACAGACACGUCAUGUGGGAAAAUUACCAGACUCUGGUCUCAUUAGGAAUCCAAGCCCCCAAGCCAGUGGUGAUCUCCAGCAUAGAGCGAGGAGAAAAUCUGUGUGGGCCGGGUCCUAUAGAAGAUGAAGAUGGGGACAUCCUGAGAGGAACCCACCCAGAUUUUCCAGAUGCAGAGGAGACCUGGGACUGGUCAGCAAUUGAAAGCUCCUUGGGCUUCUUCCUCACACAAAGCUCUUUCCCUGGAGCAGCAGGGGCAAGGAACCUGAGCAGGGCUGAGGGGCAGACUCCUGAGGAAGAUUCUGGCAACCUGGAGUCACCCAGCCCUUUCCCAGGAACAUCAGUGGAGAGCCAUUCCCAGAAAACUGAGCGGGGAAGGCACCGCAAGAGGCAGUGCAGGCUCCAAAGGCAGAGGAAGCACCUGACUAGAAAGGAGUCAGGAACCCGAAGAGGCCAUCAGAGGAGAUCCAGGCCACAUCUAAAGCCUCCUGCAGAGGGAAAAGCUGAGCCCAGAAAGACCCUAUAUACCUGCCGUGUGUGCAGGGAAGAAUUCAAGGUGCAGAGAGAACUGAUAAGCCACCACUGGACGGUUCAUAGGAGACACAAACUGUAUCACUGUAGCGAGUGUGGGGAGAGCUUUAGGAGAAAGAAAGAUUUCAGGGCACAUGGGAAAGCUCACAGAAAGAAGAGAGACCAUCCCUGUUCUGAAUGUGGGAAGAUAUUCAACCGGUUAUCGCAUCUCAUUGCCCACCAGAGAAUACAUACGGGAGAGAGACCCUAUUGCUGUGCUGAGUGCGGAAAAAGAUUCGUCCAUAUAUCAGCUCUUAACAGCCACAAGAGAGUCCACUCAGGAGAGAGACCCUAUGCCUGCGCUGAGUGUGGAAAGCGAUUUAUGAAUUCUUCAGCAUUUCGUAAUCAUCAGGCAAUCCACUCAGAAAAGAGACCCCAUCGCUGUAACCAAUGUGGGAAAGGCUUCAAAGUUGCUUCAGGUCUUACUAGACACCUGAAAAUCCACAGCGAAGAGAGACCCUUCUUGUGCCACGAGUGUGGGAAAAAAUUUUGCCUACGAGAACAUCUCAUUAGACAUCAGAUGAUCCACACUGGGGAGCAGCCCCAUUGCUGUGCUGAGUGUGGGAAAAAAUUCAGUCUCCUUCAAAGUCUCAGGAGACACUGGGAAAUCCAUAGCACGGAGAGACUCCAUCGCUGUGCUGAGUGUGGGAAAAUAUUCGGUCAUCCAAACAGUCUCACUAGACACAAGAGAGUACACACUGGGGAACUCUAUCGCUGCACUGACUGUGGAAAAGGCUUUGUCCGUCUACAACAUCUCACUCGCCACCAGAGAAUCCACACUGGAGAGAAACCCUAUUGCUGCACUGAGUGUGGGAAAAGUUUCACCCAAUUGUCAGGCCUUAUUAACCACCAGAGAAUCCAUUCAGGAGAGCGACCCUAUCCCUGCACACAGUGUGGGAAGUGCUUUGCUCACUCAUCAUCUCUCACUGAACAUCUGAAAAUCCAUUCAGGAGAGCGACCAUAUUCCUGCAUACCUUGUGGGAAGCACUUUGCUCGCUCAUCAUCUCUUACUCAGCAUCGAAGAACCCACCCAGGAGAGCAACCAUAUUCCUGCGCUCAAUGUGGGAAGCGCUUUGCUCGCUCAUCAUAUCUUACUAAACACCAGAGCACCCACUCAGAAUAGAGACGCCUGACCCUUGUUUUUGAUGGAGGGAACUUCUUCAAUCUCUCACUUCACCUUGUUCCCAAAGCCUGUAAAAGAGGGAGAACUUGCUCCCACUCUGAAAUGUUCCCACCUCUUCACUAAGUAGACACAAGCUUAGGUGCUGGGUUUGUUAAAAUUAUUUUGUGUAGUCCUGGAGAUGGAAGCAUUUAACCCUAGAGGUACCGAAACAUUCCAUUGUGGGCAUUAUGGGCUGCAGCUGGGACAGAGAUGAUUGGUGUCAGGACUGCACUUUGGAGUCCACAAAUCAAUCAAACAGCCACAAAACAAAUUGAUCAGCAGUACCAGGCCAGUGUCUCCCUGUUCCUCAAGUGGGGAAAUCCGUGGCUGUGCCUGUCUGUCGGAGGGCGAUGAUGAGAUGCGACUUUAUGUCACUGUUGUCUCAUCGUUCUUGGAGGGAAUAAAAUAAUACAAGAGAAUGAUGAGUCUGAAAUGGCUGCGCUGCCGUGUGUGUAGGUGAAGACCUGCAAUUUUCCCUGCAGUGCUGACUUUAUC